AUGGAAGGGCCAGGUGUUGGGGAUGAAGUGCCAGCUGGCAAGGUAGAGAUUUGCCACCAGGUGUCCCUGAAGUUUGACAAUGGCAAGCCUGUGCUCAUCCCUUCUUCCUUGCUAGUGAAGGACCUCUGUGCAUGUGAUGUGCAAAACAAGGAUGAUGAUGGCAACACCUAUGUGAAGCUCGCCUCCACCAAUCAGCAAAUCAAUUUUUUGAUUUGUGCAAAGACUUGCAAAAAUGCUUCUUUGAGUAAUGGUGCCAAGAUGACUGAGCUGAAGAACCUCAGAAAUGAAGCUUUGAAGGGUACUGGCUUGGCAACCUCUUGGGAUGACGAAGGUGAUGAAGCACUAGAACCUGUCUCCAAAAAAAUCAGGAAGGUGGAAACAACAGUGACCAUAGAUGUGCAUGGAGUUGCAGUGAAGCUGCUGUGUCCUGCUAAAAGAGCAUUGGUUGCAGACCUUCAAGUCCUUUUGGAUGAGGACAUGCUGAGUGCAGUCUUCAAAUACAUUCAGCCUGAUUGCUUGGAAAAGCCAGCCUCCAGACAAUACAAAAAAUCUGGUAACUUCAGCAAGGUCAAAGAGGGGCAGGAGAAGAAGGAUGACAGCUGA